AGAGAGAGGCAAAGACACAGAGGAGGGAAAGAAUCUGGCACAGAUGAAAACUCAGGAAAUAAUGUACUUUGUGAGGCGUAUGAUUAAUUCAAUUUCCAAAAUCUUGCAAGAGUGGGAGUGGUUUCUUACCUUUGGUAUCAGAGGGUCACUGCUCACAGUUCUCUGAAGCUCCUGCUGCACCCUUAGGUUUUUGUCUGUUGGUAGAACAGGGGAGUCUUGGGAAGGAGGUAGCAUCCUUAUUCUCUCACCUCUUCCUAUUCUUGGGUUUAUUGGGCUCCUUCCUUACUCUCUGUAAGGAGACCUUGCUUCUCCCUGAUCUCAGUUGUAGCUGUACUGAGGUGUGCAGGAGAUAGGGGUGGGAGGAAUCUACAAGAUAACUGGCCUUAGGGGGUUUCCAGUCUAAUGAAAAUCUUAUAGUCAGGGCACCAAAACAGACCCAGACAAAGGACAAGAACAAAACUAGGUGUGGAACAGCUUUGGAUAUUGGUGUUGGAUUGGGGAGGUGGGAGGGAAUGGGCUGUUAAGUGAAGCCAUGGGAUUGGGGUUGGUCAGGGGAAAGUGUCCUGGACAUAGUAUCUGAGGAGGAGGAUUGAGAAAGAUAGGAGAGUAUAGAGCUGGGCAAGUGAGGCAGAGGAGUGAGAGAAGUCAAAGAUAAAGCCAGGGAGACAGGAGCUUGGUCAGUAAUGGGGGUUGGAAGAGUCUCAAAGCGAUUAUUAAGAGUUGUUAGGAGAUGCCAGCAGUGCCUCUGUGAAUGUUCUAUAUGCAGUCCUUGGAAGGCUACAAAGGAGGGCAUCUUCAGCUAUUGUUAAUACCCUACGGUGAGUUGAGAGAUUGGGGAUGGUUGAAGCUCCUUGAUUUACAAUCCUUUUGGGAAAAGUGUUGUGGAUGAAUUUUUGUAAGGGUGAUACCCUUUAGAGCUAGAACUCAGGAUCUCCAAGGUCCUUACAGAGUCUGGCCCUCUCUUCGCAAGUCUUCUUGAUUGAGUCCUGAAGUAAAGAAUAAACUACAAUCCCCAGCGUCGCUUAGUGCUAAUUUAGCAAGCCUUCCGGGGAUAUGAGUAUUUCCUGCGGAAGUGGCCGCAGCUACGCCAAUCUCCUUCCCUAAACAAAGUAGACUACGACUCCCACUGUCCUCCGCGCCCGGGGGCGGGGGAAAUGAACCGGAAGCCGGAUGGGGAGCUGGACCAGGAUUUGCUGAUUGUCCCCGUGGAUUUCUGGAGUGCCCCCGAGGGACAGGAGAGUGGAUAGUGUCUUCGAUUCUUUCUUCAAUUCCUCGAUUUAGUGUCAGAAAAACUAGGUGGCCAGACUUAUCGCUGGAGCCUCAUCUGCUUCUUCUGCCCUUAAUGUGAUAUGAUACUGUAAUUUAUACAAUAUCUACGUUUCUUAAGUCUCUGGCUCUUGGUGACUUUAGGACUUCCAAGUUCCUCUUUUGGGCUCUCCUAGUAUUUUGUUCCAGACAUUAAAGCUCGAGUCACAGUGUAUUAGAAUUGUUUAUCUGUCCUCAGUAAUUUAUGAGCCUGGCCUACAUUUUACUCAUUUUGAGUUUCUUCCUCACCAAGAGACUGCCACGUUACCUAUCAUGUGAUGAUGACAUGGCUGUGCCCCAGGCCUUCCCAUUGGGGCCUCUCCAGGAGCCUGCAGGUGUCCUGAUGGAGCCUCAGCUCUGCCCUCAAAGCUUGGCCGAGGGCUUCCUGAAGGAGGAGCUUCGGCUCAAUGCUGAGCUGAGCCAACUGCAGUUUUCAGAGCCUGUGGGCAUUAUCUACAAUCCUGUGGAGUAUGCGUGGGAGCCACAUCACAGCUACGUGACCCGCUACUGCCAGGGCCCCAAGGAAGUGCUAUUCCUGGGCAUGAACCCGGGACCCUUUGGCAUGGCCCAGACUGGGGUGCCCUUUGGGGAAGUGAGUGUAGUCCGGGACUGGUUGGGCAUUGGGGGCACUGUGCUGACCCCUCCCCAAGAGCACCCUAAGCGACCAGUGCUGGGACUGGAGUGCCCACAGUCAGAGGUGAGUGGUGCCCGGUUCUGGGGCUUUUUCCGGAACCUCUGUGGACAGCCCGAGGUCUUCUUCCGUCACUGUUUCGUCCACAAUCUGUGUCCUCUGCUUUUCCUGGCUCCCAGUGGGCGCAACCUCACCCCUGCUGAGCUGCCUGCCAAGGAGCGAGAGCAGCUUCUUGGGCUCUGUGAUGCAGCCCUCUGCCGGCAGGUGCAGCUGCUGCGGGUACGGUUGGUGGUGGGAGUAGGGCGGCUGGCGGAGCACAGGGCACGGCGGGCCCUGGCAGGCCUGAUGCCUGAGGUCCAGGUGGAGGGGCUCCUGCACCCCUCACCUCGGAGCCCACAGGCCAACAGGGGCUGGGAGGCGUUGGCCAAGGAAAGACUGAAUGAGCUGGGGCUGCUGCCGCUGGUAACAAAAUGAGUGCCCUGGGGCCCCGCACACUUGCAUGGCCCCCACGUCAUUGUUGGGCACACAGAUGACUACACGCCUCCUGGACUGGAGCAACAAGGCCUUCCUCAGCUGCCUGGUUGCUGGGACCUGCUGUGGCAGUUCUGACACUACUCCCACUUGCCCUCCUGAUUCCUGCUGUCUUCCCCUUCCUUUGGACGUUUCCUCUUUGGUCCUUUGGUACUUAACUCCACGGAGAGUCAGCACCUACAAAUUGCUUACUUCACUGUUUUCCUUGGGAGCCUCUGUUCAGCUGAGCAACUUUUGAGGUCACGUUUGCUGUUUUAGAGAAAAGAUGCUUGCCAGGAUCCCCACCUAUUCUCAUAGAACAGGGGUCUCAUAGAACGGACCUCUUUCCUCACAGGGACCAGACAAAGCAUGGGGUGUGGUGGGUGUUAAGGAUGAACUUAUGGAAGACAGGCUGGAUCAGAGAGAAAAUUCAAUGUGGCAGAGUGGGAAAGGCUAAAAGACCUGGACUUUCGUCCCAGCUUUGAGUCUUGUGAACUUGAUGACUUUGGACAAGUUGAUUAAUCUCUCCAAGCCUGAGGAUCCUCAUCUUUAAAACGGGGGUCCCUACCUUAUGGAAUUGGUGUGGGGAUUAACUGAGAUAACACUUAGAAGUGCCUUGUGUGGUGCCUGUCAUGAACAUGGUGCUAAUACCUCUUUCUUGCCUCGGGUGGGGAGUCACUGCACUAUAAGGGAAGACCCUCAACUUGAAAACCUUGCUGAGCAAUUGGGCAGCGGGGGUGGUCCUUGGCCUCCAGCUGUGGCCUGGGUGAGGAGCAGACUCUUGCCCUGCCAGAGAUGGACCAAUGACUUUAUGAAAAACCCAGCCUGUGAUUUUUCAGUCUAAGCAUUAAAAGCUAAAUCUUUUUGUGUUGGUCCCUUUUUCUCUCUUGUAUGUCAAGGCUAGAAAGUGAUAGUUUAGAUUUUUUUCCCCUCGGGUAGUUGGGGGAUGGUGUAAACAGUUCUCCAAUUGCCUGCAGGGUCUCUGUUAAGGGGCCUGUCCAGUGGUUUGUCUGCUACUCAAGGCACUUUGGGGAGCAGGUGAUGGGUGGAUGAGAGCCUGGUAUCUCCAGCUAACUCAUUUCGUACAUCUGCUGCAUGGCUAGUUAGUGUGCCCCACUGGAAAGGGCUGGGAGAUUUAAUCAGUUCGGGAGUAGAGCAAGUCUUGAGACCACCUUAACGAGGAAUACAGUUGGACUCUACCUCCUGGGACAGGUUAUCUCCAGCUUUCAAAAUUAGUAAAAUUUUUAGUUUAAGUGUCCAAGCACCCACCCUGCCCCCAUUGUAGAAUAAAGAAUUUGGCCUUUGUCCUUGGUUCUUUGGAGAAAGCCUCUAAAUCCUUGGACUUUUCCAAAUGAUAGGAAUUUCUUUGUUAUUCACAGUGGAUACCUCAGACCACACCUGAGUUUAUGCUGAAGUUGGAGGGUGAGGGCUGAUCAUGCCAGAAAAACAACCAUGUAAUUAGAGGGUUGGGGCUUUGAGCCAGGUGAUCUCAGUUUGACCUCCAGGGAGGGGAAGGGGGCUGAAGAUUGAGUUCAAUCAGGUCAAUUAUUUCAAUCAAUUAUGCCUAUAUAAUAAAACCCUAAUAAAAACUCGGGACACUGAAGCUUUGGUGAACUUCCUGGUGGGUGAACACAUGGAUGUGUAAAGAGGGUGAUGUGUCCUGAUUCUGUGGGGAAGAGGCACAGAAGCUGUGUUUGGAACCCAGAACUUACCUUAUAUGUCUCUUCAUUUGGCUGGUCUUGAUUGAUACUCUGUAAUAAAACUAAUUGUAAGAGUGC